AUGGUUGCCACAACAUCAGAACAGCUAGCGGCGUUGUCUGGAACUACCGUUGUUGUUCACCCUCUUGUCCUCCUCUCCGUAACCGAUCACCAUGCGCGAAGCGUAUCCCGGAGUUCGAGCAAGCGCGUUAUCGGCAUUUUGCUAGGCCAAGACAACGGCAAAACCGUCAACGUCGCCAACUCCUUCGGCAUCCCAUUUGAGGAGGACGAGAAGGAUAGUAAGACAUGGUUCUUGGAUCACAACUACAUUGAGGGCAUGUGGGAGAUGUUCAAGAAGGUCAAUGCACGAGAGCGGAUGAUCGGGUGGUAUCACACUGGCCCCAAACUUCGCGCAUCAGACCAGGAGAUUAAUGAUUUACUGAAGCGAUUCAUUGCGCGACCCGUCAUGGUCAUUGUAGACGUGCGACCACAGACGGUCGGCAUUCCAACAGACGCGUACUUUGCAGUGGAGGAAAUCAAGGAUGACGGCACAGAGACACGAAAAACGUUCCUGCACGUGCCUUCAGCAAUAGAGGCGGAAGAAGCAGAAGAGAUCGGGGUGGAACAUCUUCUGCGCGACAUCAAAGAUUCCACCACAACUACACUUGCGACCAGAGUCUCCGAGCAGCUUGCCUCGCUCCGUGGACUGCAGUCACGGCUAGCCGACAUCCAAAAGUACCUCUCCGACGUUGCUGCCGGCAAGAUGCCAGUAAACCACCAAAUUGUAUACCACUUGCAAGAUGCUCUCAAUCUCCUUCCAAAUCUCAACGACUCCGAAACCACUCAGAGCUUCGCAUCAAGUACAAAUGACCAAUUGCUAGUCGUCUAUCUGAGCAGUCUCCUACGAGCCGUCAUUGCGCUCCAUGCGCUUGUAGACAACAAAGCUUCAAUUGGCCGGGCUGAAGCGGAAGAGAGUAAGGGUAUAGAAGACAAGGAUAAGAAGGAGAAGAAAGAUGACAAGGAUGACAAGAAGGAUGCAAAGGAGAAAACGGAUAAGAAGGAAACGGACCCUGGUAAGGAUCUGGCAAGCAAAGGGCUGUAG